CUUGAUUUAUUUUCCUUGUCAUCAGCUCCAGAACUAGUACAAGUAUUUUCCCUCUCUCUCUCUGCGCGUUGUGGGAAUGGCACUCGCGCCAGCGGGUAACAAAACCCUUCUCCUCCUCCUCCUCCUCCUCCUCCCGUUUUCAGUAACCUGCAGCUACGGUAAUCAAAACCAGCAAUUCUUCAAUUCCUGUGGAGACAUCAACAUCUCCUUCCCUUUCCAUUUACAAGGCGACCCAUCCUACACCUGUAACAACAACGACUACACUCUUGUCUGUAACGAAAACAAUCGCACAGUCCUCAACCUCCCGUCCGGAAAAUACUACGUGCAAUCAAUCAAUUACGCAGACUACUCAAUCCGUCUCGUCGACGUAGGAUUCCAAACCAACGAUAUUUGCUCCCCUUUCAAUCUCUUCUCUUCAACCUUUCUCUAUUUCACCUAUGGGGGUGAAGGACGACAACUUUAUACCAACGCGGUUGAGAGCAGGUUCGUGUUCCUCCGUUGUGAAAACCCGGUCCACUCUCCUAUGUACAUUAACACGACUGGUUAUUGUAACAGUACCAGAGGUGAUCCGGGAAAUGGGUAUUAUUCGUAUGCAGUGGCGGGAGAUGUUAGUGUUUUGGAUGUCGCAGAUUCAUGCCUUUUGGAGGCGUUUUACCUUUCUUCGUCGCAGUUGAUCAGUCAAAGGGGAUCGAAUUUGUCGUGGUCGGAUUUAAUUAAGGAGUUAAAGUACGGAUUUCAAGUUUAUUGGGAGUUGUCGAUUAGUGACUGCGACGACUGCUGGAAAAGGGCUUCCUGCUUCCGGGAUUCUUCUGUUACUGCCAUGUGCAGCAAUUGCUCCGACUAUGGAAAAUGUGAGAUCUUCUGAUCUACUAUUACUCUAUGUAUUACCAAAUCUCUUGGUUAAGGAGACAAGGAUUUAGUUUUUGUAAA